UGGAUAAUUCAAUUUUUGUCUUCUAUAUAAUCAGAAUAUAUUGUUAAAAUGAAAUAUUGAAGAUGAAACACUUCAAAAUAUUUUAUAAUCUUCAAACAUUAAUGUGAAGUUAAUUCAGUUCUCGUAGCUUAGUGACCAGAGCAUUAGUGCGUAAAGCCAGAGACCCAGGUCCGAUUCCCGAUGUGGUUUGGAACCAUACUGAAAGCAAUAGCCUGCUGGUUUCUUCUUAGUGAUUGCAGUGUGUUGACUUUUCCUGCCGAUGGCAGUGUUUUAAAAAACAAUGCCGAUUAUCCUGUUGCAUAUUCCCCACGUCAUGGUUAUGCAUCCAAAUUUUCAGGACCAGGAGGAUUCAUAAAAAUAAGAAGAAUAAAUGAAGUGGAAGGUGGAGACAAUAGCCCCUUAGUUAGAGGGAUGUUUGAAGAAGAAUACGAGGAUGGCGGAAAAACCAAAAAAAGUAAAGUCUUUUACAAAUCUGAAUCUGGGUACUCUUCUAGCUCUUUCGACACUGGAACGAAUGGGUUUAAUGAACGUUUCCCUGAUUUUAAUACCGACGAAGAUAGUUUUUUUACCGACGAUAUUGAUAAUAGCAAAAAGAGUUCAAGGCCAGAUGAUCCAUUCAAUAUGGACUUCUUUAAAGUACCUAAUAACGAUUUUAUACCAUCAAACGUUAUGAUGCCCUACGCGCGACCCUCUCUUCGACCAAACUACCAACAACCCUCUGUUCGACCAGCCUACCAACAACCCUCUCUUCGACCAACUUACCAACAGCAAUAUAUUUACCCCAAUUACGGGUAAUUAUGCACGUGAUAACUACAUUUAAGAAUAAAUAAAUUUGAUAUAUUUAUCAUUUUAUAUCUUUUUUUCCUGAACAUGAAUGUUUCUCGUGUAGACAUUUAUCAAAAACGGUAAUUAUUUUUGCUGAAAAAGAAACCGAAGACAUGCAGAGAUUAAAAAAUAGAAACCUUAAAUGUCGUAACUUCCAUUCAGCCUUG